UUGCAAUUUUGAAACAUCUUUCCAGUGAACACUCAUAAAAGAUUGAUUUUUGAAUUUAGCUGCACUGAAACUUGAGACUUAAGAUUUUAAUAGCAUUGUUGUUGCUUCAAAUGUUUUCUUUCGUAAGUUGUGAGUAUUUCUUUGCUACCCUGAAAGAAAAAAUUACGACUUCUGUUAUACUGUUAAAACAUUCUAUUCAAUAUGUGUUGCACAUACAUAUAUAGCCAUAUAUUUUCUUAGAAGCGAAGCAAAUACUAGGUUAAAGAAAUGGCACCACGUUCAAAACAAAAAAAUCCGAAUAAGUGGAAAAAAUCAAAGAAUUAUAAAAAACAACCAACAAAUAAAAUUAAAAAUGGCAUUGUUGAUAAGAAACGAAAAAAUUAUAAGUUUAUACAGCGAGGAAAGGAAAUGGAGGAGUUUCAUCGUAAACAAAAGGUAUAUGAAGACAAAUAUGCAAAUACGCCUUCCUCAACAAUGUACAACGACUUAGCUUUACAAGAUUUAGGCAGCACUGAUGAAGAGGAUGAAGAUCAUUUUGAAGCACUUGUAACUGCUGUUUCAAAUACAGACACUAAGAAUAAUGUGUUAAGUGACGAUGACACUGAAAGCGAUGACAAUGAGAGCUCUGAAAUGGAUAGUAAAUCUGAGGAUUCUGAUUUAAGUGAAGCUGAAAGUGAUAAACACGAAGAUGAGAAGGUUCCAGAAGAUAUUGAUGAAUUCGAUACUGAUGAAAGUGAAGAUGAAGACGAUGAUGAUAACGAAAAAGAAAUUCAUGAAAAUAAACAAAUUUUUGAUGUACUAUCAGACCGUCUUGAGUAUGAAUUGACUGCUGAUCAUGUGGAAAAUUUGUUAGCUACUCCACCGGCAUUAUAUAAACAAAAACUGAUGUGGCCUGCAAUGAAGAAUAUCAAUUUGGAAGUUCCAUACUUUAAUAAAGUAGGGCAAGAAUCAAAUUCAAAUGAAGCAAUUACUAAAAUACAACAAUCUUACACUGGUUUGCAAAACAAACUGAAGCGAAUAAAAGAUGUGGAAACCUUAGAUAAAAUGUGUGUAAAAACAGUUCUAAGCUCUCAUAUCAAUCUCCCACUUUCGCAAUUGCAAACUGAAGUGUUCACAAUAUUAAAUAAUUACCAAGACAUUUUUUUUCCACAUCGAUCUCUAGAAAAUGGUGACGAGUUAAGACAAGUGUUCUGCUUACAUGCGCUUAAUCAUAUGCUAAAAACUCGUUCACGUAUUGUACAUCAUAACGCCAAAAUUACUGCUCUUACUCAGGAUAAGAAGAAAGCAAAAAGCGGUUAUAUAGUGCCUGAUAGUUACCGUGAUCAAGGAUUAGUGCGUCCAAAAAUACUAUUCAUUGUACCUUUCCGCGAAACGGCAUUUGGCAUUGUAAAUACUUUAACUACACUUUUACUUGGCGAAACUGGAGAUAAAAGCAAGUCAGUUAUAAACUACGAAAGGUUUGUUCAGGAAUAUACGGGUAACACUAUAAGCUUUCCCAAAACGAAUCCUAAACCUGAAGAUUAUGUUAAAACCUUUAGUGGCAAUACAGAUGACAAUUUUCGGAUUGGGAUAACUAUUACGAAAAAGUGUUUAAAGCUUUACACCGAAUUCUAUGCAUCAGACAUUUUGAUUGCAUCUCCGCUAGGUCUUCGCAUGAUUGUAGGUGCUGCAGGCACUCCUGAACGGGAUUAUGAUUUUCUUAACUCAAUUGAAAUGUUGAUAAUUGAUCAAGCGGAAUUAAUACUCGCACAAAAUUGGGAAAAUUUACUGCAUGUAAUGGAACAUAUGCAUUUACCUUUAAAAUCUUUGCAUAAUACUGAUUUUCAACGAGUACGGCCUUGGUGUUUAAAUGGAUAUUCAAAUUUUUACCGACAAACAGUGCUACUAACUUCACACGAUCUUCCAGAAUUUCGUAGCAUUUUCAAUCAUAAAUGUACAAACUACCAGGGCAAAAUACGCGUAACAAAUCCAGUCAUUUCUGGCAGUAUAAGUAAUGUUAUAAUUAAUAUUCCACAAAUAUUUCAUCGUGUAGAUGUCAACAGUUUGGAAAGUUCAUUUGAUAAACGAUUUGAUUAUUUUAUAAAUGAAAUAUUGCCACGCUAUCGGAAUCCGUCUCAUGCACAUUGUAUGAUAUAUGUGCCAAGCUACUUCGAUUAUGUACGUUUGCGCAAUUAUUUUAAGUCGGAAACGGUAUCAUUUGUACAAAUUUGUGAGUACACCAAGGACGCAAAAAUAGCACGUUCCCGUGAUAUGUUCUACCAUAGUGGUGCACACUUCCUACUCUAUUCGGAAAGAUCGCAUUUCUUUCGACGCACUCGUAUCAAAGGCAUACGUCAUCUUAUCAUGUAUCAACCGCCAAUAUGGCCAAAUUUCUACUCCGAAGUAAUUAAUUUGAUGCAUAGAAGCAAUCAAAACUCUCGUGACGGAUUGGAAGGAUCCAUGAGUAUAACUGUGUUAUACACAAAAUACGAUACCCUACAGUUAAGUAAUAUACUCGGCACCGAAAAUGCAGCAAAACUGAUGAAAAGCAAUGAAACAUCAUACGCUUUUUCUGCUGAAUGAAUUUACUGUUGUUUUUAUUUACUUCUGUACUUGUUUUUGUAUUUGUUAAUAAAAUUUUUACAUAUGAUUUUCUAUUG